CCUGGAAUGUUUUGCAGCUGUCGGCUGUCACACCGUCAUGAAACUUCGGUCCAGAUCGAUGCUCCCUCAAGCGCCUGCGCAUACUCAACGGAAGUGAACCUGAGAGAUACACAGGCGAGUCUGCUCCACAGUAAACGAAGGACGCUAAGUUAACCUGUUUGCACGAAAAAAUCGCAUGAUACUCUUGGCAUGUGAUGUUUUCUCUCAGCAUUUUAGUAUGUCGCAGGGGAAACAGGAUCUUGCAUGCCAGGUCGCGUGUGGCCAUGACCCUUCAGAAUGGACUGGUGAUUUCAGCAAAAAGCUGCUCAGACUCUGCUGACAACAAGAACAAUCUGAGAUGGGAUCUAACCCCUGCACUGAUCCAGGAACAGACAGAGAGGCUGAUUCAGAGAGUCCGACAGGAUUUUGACACCAUUGGAGCUCUGGAUGUUAGUAAAGUCACCAUUGAAAAUACUCUGAAGCCCCUGGCCGAUGCAAAGUUACACUAUGCCUCAUCCCGACACGUCUUGGACUUCCCCCAGUUCGUAUCUGCAUGCAAAGAUAUCCGCUCGGCGAGCACGGAGGCAGACAAGCGGCUGGCUGACUUUGAUGUGGAGUUGAGCAUGAGGGAGGACAUCUUCCAGAGGCUCAUUGUUCUGCAGGAGAAGAAGCUAAAUGGCCUCUCAUCAGAGACAGAGCGAUUUGUAGAGAGACUGAUCACACUGGGGAAGAGGAAUGGGCUGCAUUUAUCAAAGGAGACCCAGGAGGAGAUUACAUCCAUAUCUAAAACGAUAAGUGAAUUAUCAAUUGACUUCAGUAGUAAUCUUAAUGAAGACAAUACCUGCCUGUCGUUCACUGAAGAAGAAUUGGGUGGUCUGGCUGAAAGCUACAUGAACGGUCUAAACAGACUCGAAGACGGCCGUUUCAAAGUCACUCUAGCGUAUCCCCACUACUAUCCGCUAAUGAAAAGGUGUCACGUCCCGGAAACCAGACGCAAGAUGGAGGAGGCUUUCCACAGCCGCUGUAAGGAGGAAAACACACCUAUCCUGGAGAGGCUGAUUGAACUACGAGCCAAAAUGGCCAAGAUGCUUGGCUUUAAGACCCAUGCAGACUAUGUGCUGGAGAUGAACAUGGCCAAGAGUUCAAGUGUAGUAGCACGCUUCCUAGAUGAGUUUCAUGAGAAGUUGAAGCCACUUGGUGUACAGGAGAGGAAGGUCAUCCUGUCACUCAAACAGAAAGAGUGCAAGAGGCGGGGCCUCAACUUUGACGGACAGAUCCAUGCCUGGGACAUGCCUUACUAUAUGAACCAGGUGGAGCAGGUGAAGUUUUCUGUGGACAAGGACAAGCUGAUCGAGUACUUCCCACUUGAGGUGGUAAAGGAAGGGCUUCUAGGAAUAUACCAGGACCUGCUUGGCCUGACCUUCUGCCAGGUGAAACAUGCCCAUGUGUGGCAUGACAGCGUCAGCCUCUACUCUGUGCUGGACAGCACCACUGGAGAGAAGAUUGGACAGUUCUACCUGGACCUGCACCCCAGAGUGGGGAAGUAUGGACACGCUGCCUGUUUCGGUCUGCAGCCAGGCUGCCAGGGGCCUGAUGGGAAGCGCAUGAUACCAGUGGCGGCUAUGGUGGCCAACUUCACCAAACCAACUGACGCCUUCCCCUCGCUGAUGCAGCACCAUGAAGUGGAGACCUUCUUCCACGAGUUUGGCCACGUCAUGCAUGAGCUCUGCUCCAGGACUCAGUAUGCGGAGUUCAGCGGGACCUUGGUGGAAACGGACUUUGUGGAGGUUCCCUCUCAGAUGCUGGAGAACUGGGUGUGGGAACGAGAGCCGCUGCACCGCAUGUCUCGCCACUACAGGGAUGGCAGCCCCAUUCCAGACCGCCUGCUGGACAAGCUGAUCGCCUCCCGGGUCGCCAACACUGGUCUGAUGAAUCUGAGGCAGGUUGUGCUCAGUAAAUUGGACCAGUCCCUCCACACUAAACCCCAGGCGGACACGGCCCAGGAAUUUGCCAAGCACUGCCAAGACAUCCUGGGCAUCCCUGCAACACCAGGCACAAACAUGACUGCCAGCUUCAGCCAUCUGGCAGGGGGUUAUGAUGGUCAAUACUAUGGCUACUUAUGGAGUGAGGUCUACUCCAUGGACAUCUACUUCAGUCGAUUCAGAAAGGAGGGCAUCAUGAACCCUAAGGUUGGGAUGGAGUACAGAAAGGUGAUUCUGGAAGCAGGCGGCUCAAGAGACGGGGCUGUCAUGUUGAAAACCUUUCUCGGCCGUGAACCACGCCAGGAUGCUUUCUUUUACUGCAAAGGACUAACAAAACAUGUGAACGGCUGUGUUUGAUCUUGUCUUCCAUCAUUGUUUAGAAAAUGUGAUUUACCAUACAGAGUUACAAUUUCAUGUGAAACAAAGCUUUUUAUUGGAAUGAUUGUUUUCAUUUUACAUCAGUCAGAUCCAUGUGACAAUAUGGGCUCUCCAAGUUAUAAAUCUCUCUUAAAAUCUU